AUGAAUGGAGAUCCGAGUUACCAAGCGGUACAUGAUGGAAUGGUUCGCCAAGCUACCCCACGUGACUUGACCCAAAGAAACGUAUCAAGUGUGAAUCACAUGACCAACCAAGCCAAUCAGGCCGACCUGGUGGCCUCUGCCUCGCCCAUGGAGCAGAUAUUGGCCAAAAGAUUGGCUAACAUAAAGGCGAUGAUGAGGCGUAUACCUAGAGUACCAAUCCCAACCAAAAAGAGCCAACCUCACUGCUAUGUCGAUUCACCCUUUCACUGCUAUACCGAUUUACCCUUUGUGGAUGCAAUCGCACUAGCCGAGAUGCCACACAAAUUCACCAUCACUAGCAUGAAGCCUUACGAUGGCACAACCAACUCGGAUGACCACAUAGCCUCAUACAAGCAGCGGAUGUUUGCUACCUCGAUACCCCGAACACUAAGGGAAGCCUGCAUGUGUAAGAGCUUCGGCUCAAGCCUCUCCAAACCAGCCCUUCAAUGGUACAUUAACCUUCCAAACAACUCAAUCAACUCAUUUUCCCAACUCACUGACACCUUCGUUGAACAAUUCGCCAGUAGCAAGAAACUAGAGAAGUUAUCAGCUGACCUGUACAUAGUCUACCAGAAGAGGGGGGAGUCGUUGAGAGAGUACGUCAGCAGAUUCAACAAAGAAAAAAUCUCUAUCCCAUCCUAUAAUCCAGAAACAGUGGUAGAUGCUUUCAGAAAGGGCCUCCUCCCAAAUGGAGAACUAUACAAAGACUUGACAAAGCUCGGCUGCACCACAAUAGAAGACGCCUUAGCCAGAGUUGUGAUCCAAAUCAGGUGGGAGGAAGAUGAGGUGAAUCGAAUGAGGCAUGCCAGAUAUGAUGACCGUCACCAAAGGCAGAAUGAAAGAAGGCCAGAGUUCAGAUCGUUUGAGCCCCCUCCCCGCAAUUCGAGCAGAAUAAAAAAAUCAUACGACUGCCAGUCAACUAGAGCCGAAAAUAGACUAUCUGGAUCAAACCAAUUCAAAGUUCUAAAGUAUAACCUCAACGUCGAACCAGCCCAUGUCGUGGCAAUCAUGAAAGGAAUGAGACCUACUGUAAAGUGGCCACCCAAGCUCAAUCUCGACGCAAAGAGGGACACGACCAAGUGGUGCGAAUUCCACGGCGAUCAUGGUCAUAACACCGUCGAUUGCAUUGCCCUAAGAUUGGAAGUCAUAGCACUACUGAAAAUGGGACAUCUCCAAGACUUAUUGACAGAGAAAGCGAAGAAUACAGUCGGCAAAGAAGCUCGAAAGAAACAUCUCCCCCUCCACGAGAACCAACACUAA